AUGGCGGCCUCAGAGCUUUCGGAGCUGCGCGCCGAGCUUUGGCGAACACGCGACGACCUCGAGCGGAUCAAGUCUCGUGGCACCCCGCCGAGCGCCGACUGUUCGCCCCGGCGGCACUUCGAUCGCCGUCGCCACCGCGCUUCCCCUUCUCCCACCCUCGCUGCUACUACCGCGUGCGAAGUAAGAAAUAAGGAUCGUGACUACCGUCGACAUCGGCACAGCGAGCAGCACAAGGGCGACGGGCUAGAGGCCGGCGGGGGGGCACGGGGUGAUAGCGGUGGGGGGAUAAGGAGCGGGCCCACCAGCCCUCCGACAAGCGGAGGCUCAUCGCCAGGAUCGGGGGCGGACUACGAUGACGAGGCCCCGAGAGGUCUGGGCGGAACAGCCUCUUCUGGGUCUUCUCACGGUGGUCGGCAACUGAAGUUCGGAAGCAGCCGUGGCCGUGUUGGUAGCGCAAGCUCAGAAGGCGAGAACGCCGCGAAAGGCGGAUCGUCGGAGGAGGUGGCUGCAGAAGAGACCCUCUGCAACCUGGAGCUCGAGGGAGCGGCGUUCAAGAAUUGGACUGAAGAGGCCUCGUCGAUCGCCGUCCGCCUCAUCGAGGAGGUCAAGAUGCUCCGCUGGGAGAAGGCCAGCUGGGCGGAACGGGAGCGCGCCGCCGAGCGCGCGUCAGAACGCGCGGCGGCGGAGGCUAGGGCGCAGGCCGACCACCUGGAGGAGCGCCUCGGCUUGGCCGAGGCCGACGGGAGGAGGGCGCAGGAGGCGCUGGCGAGGGCGCAGCAGGACGUGGAGAGGGAGAGGGCGCGAGCGAAAACGGAGCGAGCUAAGGCGGAAGGUCUCCGCGCAGCGGCGGCGACGGCGGCGGCCGCGGCCUCGGCGGCGCAGCAGGAGAAAGAGAAGAUGCAGCAGGACCAACAACGGCAGGAGGAGGCGAGGCAGCGGCAGGAAAGGGAUGCGGCCGCUGGCGGGGGAGGGGGAUUGGUUGAGAUGUUGAGGCGCGAGAAGGAGGGGGCGGAUGCCUUGCAGCGGAGGCUGGACGCAGCCAGGGCGGCAUCGGCGAGGCACGAGAAGGAAAGGAAGGAGUGGCGAUCCUCGAAGGCGAGGUUGGAGGAGCUGCGCCGAUCAUGGGGGAAACAGCUGAAUAAGGUUGAGAAGAAGAUGCGAUCCAUGACGAAGGAGAACGCCGCCCUCCGAGCCAGGGUCGGCGAGGCGGAGCGGGCGAGGGACCGCGCCGAUGCGGACUCCCUCGGCCACCGCGAAGAGCUCCGGCGGCUCACCGAGCAGCGCGACAACCUCCUCCUCGGGGCCACUCGCCUUGGUGGAAGGCGCGGCCUGGUGGCCUCCUCGCCAGCGGAAACCCUGGCGGAGCUCCUCGCGGCCGCCGCGGCCGGGGCUGCGGCUGACGCGACCGACGUCGGGCCGGGGGCGGACGGGGAGCUCGAGGCCCAACUAGAGCAGGCGAGGUCAGAGGCGAAGCUCGCGAGGGUGGCGGCGCAGCAGGAGCGGUUGAGGCGGGAGGCGGCGGCAAGGGAGAAGGAGGAGGCGGUGCGGCAGCUGCACCGGCUGAUGGGGGCGGCGAGGAGGGCCGUGGGGAGGAGAGACUCGAGGCUCAAGUCGAGCCGGAUGGAGACGGAGGUGGUCUGGAACGCGCUAACGGAGGCCGUUCGCUGACAUGGCGCGCCACUCGAAGAUGUUUGCUGGUAUUUACGGACGGUGGGAGAUGGUGUGUUCCGUCUGCGCUGCGGUGGAUGCCAUCAAGACGAUGGGUGCGGCCGGCGUGCGGCCUGGUUGGUUGGCGGUUUAUCCUCAACUUCCUCUGGCUUUUAACUUUGAACACUGGUUUGGUGGUGACGGGAAGCUUUUCCAGGAUCUCACGAGCAGUGAGGUGCGGAGAGGUCAAUGUAGCCACGGACAUCCGUUCAAAUCUUCAAUUGUUGCGACGGUAGCGUGCUGUGUGGUGUAUCGAUGAGUUCGUCCGCAGCAAGACUGAAUACGCACGCUGUGGGAAGGCAGUGCGCGGCUGAAACCGCGUAACGGGGGUCCAUGAAUCGCGGGCCAGGAGCAGCACUGUCUUGGGGAUGCACUGCAGUUUAAAAGCCGUUGUGGACGAGAUAAGUUACGGUGCAGCAUAUCAUGUAUAGAAUGUACAGAAUGGCCGUAGUAUAUCCAGAAGGCCGGGCCCCUUAAAAUGCGGAGUAAGCUCCCGUGUAAACCAGGUGCACUACCGACUGUAUAUUUUGUCUUUUGUGACGGAUCCCGAACAGUGUAAUUAC